GAACUAGUCGAUUAGUUUUUGAAAUAUCAUGCUGAAAUUUUGAACCUCUUUUCUUUCCAAGAAGCUGGACAUUGGCGGAACCGUUCUUAUCGAAUUACUAUAGCAUAGGACUGACAUACAAGUACAAACUGACUGAUGACAGUCAAGUUCUUGUCUGAAAACUUUUUUUUUAUUGAGAGGGGUAGUACAGCUUCGAUGCAACCGAAGUUAACGAUUUCACUUGGUUUUGGUGCAGUACAAUAAUGAGUUAGGGUGCAAUUACUCUCUAUUUUAAGAGCGAAUAAAAUGGCGAAACCAGUUUUGUACUAUGCUACACUUAGCCCACCAUCGCGUGCUGUUUUAUUGACAGCAAAUUUACUUGGCCUCGAUUUGGAAUUACGUCCAGUUAACCUACUGAAAGGCGAACAACUAACAGACGAUUUCAUUAAAAUGAAUCCACAACAUACCAUUCCUACUAUGAUAGAUGCAGAUGGCACAGUGGUAUAUGAUUCUCAUGCCAUUUGUGGUUACUUGGUGGACAAGUAUGGAGAGGAUGACAAAUUGUACCCAAAGGAUCUGGUAAAACGUGCGCAAGUGAAUGCACGUCUUCAUUUUGAUUCUGGACAUUUAUUUGCACGUUUGCGUUUUCUUUAUGAGCCGAUUCUAUACUCCGGUUCAACCGAUUGCUCCAUGGAUAAAAUCGCCUAUAUUCAGAAGACGUAUGAAAUCAUGGAGGAAAUGUUAAAGGAACACCCUUAUGUAUGCGGUGAGGAUUUGACAAUUGCCGAUCUCUGUUGUGUGGCAACGAUAACUUCUGUUGACGAAGUCGCCCCUAUUGAUGAGUUCAAGUUUCCUAAAUUGUUAGCUUGGAUGAAACGUUUAUCGGAACUACCUAAUUACCAAAAAAUCAAUCAAAAUGGUGCUGAUGAACUGAAGAGAGUCUUUAAAGAAAUUUUAACCAACAAUCGCACAAAACAAAAGUAAUCACGGCUUUGGCAUUUUAUCGCUAUAAUUACUCUUAUUUUUUCGAAACUCAAAAUCGUUUCAUAAAAUGAUUUAAGAUUAGUUUUAGAGUACCAGAAUAAUACUUGUACAAUAAAUUGUGAGACGUUGAAGUUUAAA